AUGAGUUUCAAUGGCCAUGUUUCCCGUAUCCUCAAUUUCCUCGAAUCAAGCUCCACAUUUCGAUCCCUCGACGAAACAAAAUGUCUCCAUGCACUCUCCAUCACAACACCUCCUAUUCCAAACCAAUCUAUCUUCAUCAACAACAACAUCAUAUCAUCCUACAUUGCCCACAGCAACUUCACUCAAGCACGCAAGGUGUUCGACGAAAUGCCUAAAAGAACUCUAGUCUCUUACAACACACUUAUAACUUCUUAUACUCGACGUGGAAAUGUAGUUGAAGCUUGGAGCUUGUUGAACCACUUGAGGGUAUGUGGAUUUGCUCCUAAUCAGUAUACAUUAACGAGUUUGCUUUGUUGUGAAACGUUGAAGCUGGUUCAAGGUUUUCAGUUGUUUGCUUUGAGUAUUAAAAAUGGAGUAUUUGAUUCUGAUGCUUUUGUGGGUAGUACUUUGUUGGGGUUUUUCGGGAGAUAUGGAUGUUUGAACGAAGCUUUUAUGGUGUUUGAUGAUAUGACUUAUAAGAGUACAGUGACUUGGAAUACUAUGUUGUCUUUGUUGGCUUGUAAUGAUUUUAUUGAGGAUGCGAAGGCUUUGUUUUGCGAAUUAUUGGGGUUGGGGGUGUUGUUGUCGGAAGGUUCUCUUGUGGCCCUGCUGUCUGGACUCGUUGAUUCUGAAGAGGAUUUGAGUUAUGGGGAACAGAUUCAUUGUUUGAUGACUAAAUGUGGGUUUGACGGUUAUGUUUCUGCAGUUAAUUCGCUUAUUGGUGUUUAUUUUAGGUGUAGAGCUUUGUGUUUGGCAGAGAGAUUGUUUGAGCAGGUUCCUGUUCAGAAUGUUGUAUCCUGGAAUAUGAUCAUUGAUUCAAUGGUGAAAAGUGGGAGGUCUCAAGUGGCAUUGGAGGUGUUUUCAAAUAUGUUGAGGAAGGGGUUGACGCCAAGUCAGGCCACAUAUGUAGCUGUUAUUGAGUCGUGUACUGGUUUGAGAAGCUUGGUGUGUGGAGAAUGUGUUCAUGCUAAAGUUAUCAGGAGUGGUUUUGAAUCUGAUGUUAUUGUUGGUACUGCAUUGGUAGACUUCUAUGCCAAAUUUGAGAAAUUGGUUUCGGGACAUUACUGUUUUGAUCAGAUAGAAGAGAAGAAUGUGGUUUCUUGGAAUGCUUUGAUAUUAGGUUACUCAAAUGUUUGCUCUUCCACAUCAACUUUGUUAUUACGAGUAAUGUUUCGAUUGGGUUGUGUCCCUAAUGAGUUUUCCUUUUCUGCUGUUCUUAAGUCGUCAUCAGUAUUAGACCUACACCAGCUCCACAGUUUGGUUAUAAGAAUGGGGUAUGAGAAUCAUGAAUAUGUGUUAAGCUCUCUUGUUAUGGCUUAUAGUAAAAACGGUUUUAUAAAUGAAGCGCUUUCGUUUAUCCAAGAGUUUAAUAGCCCACUUCCUGUAAUUCCAUCUAACAUCAUUGCUGGAAUCUAUAACCGAACAGGUCAGUACAGUGAAUCAAUGAAGUUGCUUUCUUUAUUAGAAAGGCCUGAUGUUGUAUCUUGGAACAUUGUCAUUUCAGCCUGUGCUCGGAGCAAUAAUUAUUAUGAGGUUUUUGAACUUUUCAAGCGUAUGCUUUCCACACACAUCCGUCCAGACAAAUACUCCUUUAUGACUGUAUUAUGUGUGUGCACCAAACUUUGUAGUUUUGAUUUGGGAAGUUCUCUUCAUGGUCUUAUUGUGAAGACUAAUAGUUGUGACUCUUUUUUGGGCAAUGUACUAGUUGAUAUGUAUGGAAAGUGUGGAAACAUUGAAAAUUCAGUGAAAGUUUUUGAAGAAAUUACUGACAAAAAUGUUAUUACAUGGACAGCUUUAAUUUCUGCCCUCGGGUUAAACGGUUGUGCUCGCGGGGCAGUGAAGAUAUUCCACAACAUGAUAUUGAUGGGAUUUAAGCCCGACGCAUUAGCUCUCAGAGCAGUGCUUUCUUCUUGCAGAUACGGUGGAUUAGUGAGUGAAGGGAUGAAAUUUUUCAAGCAAAUGGGAACCAUUUAUGGGAUUCAACCAGAACAAGAUCAUUACCUUUGCAUAGUAGAUCUCCUUGCUAAAAAUGGACAAAUAAAGGAAGCUGAAGAAGUCAUGGCAAGCAUGCCUUUUCCACCAAAUGCCCAUAUAUGGCGCAGCUUCCUUGAAGGCUACAAGAAGCAGGAAAUUGCAGUUUGA